AUGAUAGUUGGAUCUUACUUCAGCAACGUGAGAGAUGACAUAGCAAUUAAGACACUUCGGGUGUGUUGGCUGCUGAUGUUGGUGGGCGUGGCGGCAACGGCGAUGGCGGCGUCGCUGCCUGAGGACCCCGCGUCGUGGGAGCCGGAGCCAGACGAGGGCCCGCGCACGCGGCGCUCGGGGUCCGGCUCCGGAGGAAUACUCAGCUACAUCAAGGAAAAAGUUUCCGGCAAAAUCGCGCAGAUUGCGUCCGCUUCCUCGUCCUCCGGCGGCGACCACGAGCCGCCACCAGAAUACGGGCCGCCGGUCGAGAGCUAUGACCACAAAUCCUUCGACAUCUGGAGUUUCAAGCGUGCACUGCUGUCUUCAUUGCUGCAGGCUGUAAAGGCCAUCAAGGGCGGCAUAAUUGCACUUAAGGGCCAGCUAAUUAAGGCAAAGGGAAACGUCAUUGAGGCAAAGGGACGUUUCCUGGCUGCCAAGGGUGAAGCCAUCUCAGAAUUCGGUAAACAUGUGGCGACCAAG